CCGUUACUUUAGCGGUCAGAAUAAAACGGCCUAAAUGUUCCUCUCUCUCUCUGAUUCCUUCGACGGCUCCUCUCCAAACCCUAAUCGGUCGAUCUACUCCCCACCAAGGCUCUGAUUUGCUCGUUCCAUGAUGAUCUGCCGAUCCGCAUAGGUGAUCUAUCCCUUGUCGUCGAUUUCCUUUAUUUGAGAUUCGUUUUGCGAUCUCUGUCGAAUCCAUCCAAAGUUUCCGCCAUGGUGCUCGGCGAACACGACUCCUCCUCCCCCGUUGAGGAGCAAACGGCUAACCCGGAUCCGCAGCCAGUUUCAGAUGCCCCUCCGGCGAGGGCGGCGGCGGCGGCGGAGGGCGACGGCGAGGUCGAGUCCCUGGCGCGCAGGAUCCAGGAGGCUCUCGCCGUCGAGAGUCGGCACCGAUUCUGGGAGACCCAGCCGGUGGGGCAAUUCAAGGACGCCCGUGAUGGUAGCCUCCCGGAGGGUCCUAUCGAGCCACCGAUCCCCGUGUCCGCCGUCAAGCAGGAGCCCUACAACCUCCCCGCUCUCUACGAGUGGACCACCUGCGACAUCGACGACGACCAAACCUGCGCGGAAGUCUACAACCUUCUUACCAACAACUACGUCGAGGACGAUGAGAACAUGUUCCGCUUCAACUACUCCAAGGAGUUCCUCCGGUGGGCGCUCCGCCCGCCGGGCUACUUCAAGGCCUGGCACAUCGGCGUCCGCGUGAAGGCCACCAAAAAGCUCGUCGCCUUCAUCACCGGCGUGCCCGCCAGGAUCCGUGUGCGGGAUGAAGCCGUCCGGAUGGCCGAGGUCAACUUUCUCUGCGUCCACAAGAAACUACGCUCAAAGCGGCUCGCCCCCGUGAUGAUAAAGGAGGUCACCAGGCGGGUACAUUUGGAGAACAUCUGGCAGGCAGCCUAUACAGCCGGGGUCGUCCUGCCGACUCCCAUCACGACCUGCCGCUACUGGCAUCGCUCGCUGAAUCCAAAGAAACUCAUCGAUGUGGGGUUCUCCCGCCUCGGUGCUCGGAUGACUAUGAGCCGAACGAUCAGGCUUUACAAGCUUCCAGAGGCAACUGUGACACCCGGGUUCAGGAAGAUGGAGCUUCGCGAUGUCGCAGCAGUCACCCGGCUGCUGAGGGAUUACUUGAGCCAGUUUGUGGUUGCGCCAGAUUUCGACGAGAAUGACGUGGAGCAUUGGCUUCUUCCUUUGGAGAAUGUGGUCGACAGUUUUGUGGUUGAAAGCCCUGAGACUCAUGAAGUGACGGACUUCUGUAGCUUCUAUUCUCUUCCUUCUUCGAUUCUGAAUAACCCAAACUACUCGGGAUUGAAGGCUGCUUAUUCAUAUUACAAUGUGGCUAUGAGGACUCCUCUGCUCCAGCUGAUGAACGAUGCACUUAUCGUGGCGAAGCAGAAGGACUAUGAUGUCUUCAAUGCACUUGAUCUCAUGCACAAUGAGGUCUUCCUGAAGGAGCUGAAGUUUGGGCCUGGUGAUGGACAACUCCACUACUAUCUAUACAACUACCGGCUUAGGAGUGCUUUACAGCCUUCGGAGCUAGGGCUCGUUCUUCUGUAGGUUGUUGUAGCCAUGCUGGAAUUAUGGUUCCAACUGUCUUAAGGCAAUCCUGAAAGGUGUGGCAAGACUUUCCACCGGUAAAAGCAUCGGACUCUCAUAGUGAACCAAAAGUAAGGUGUAAUAGUUGCGUUGUUUUGCUGCUAUUGAUUGCAUCUGUCUGUGUGUAUAUGUGUGCUAGAUUUGCGGGCUUGUGCUCUCUGUUUAAAUUGCAUAUGGUUUUGUUGCAUUAGUUUCCAAUCUCUUGUCGGAACUUUUGGUUCUAAGCAGUUCUUUGUUUCUACUGUGUGAUGUAUCCUAUUGCUGAUGUAGCUUUUAUUGUUGGUACAUCAAUAAGCAUGUGUUAUUGUA